AUGUCUGACAACAAAGAUCAGACCACGCAAAAGGGGGAAGAAUCAAAGCCGACUUCAGACACAACAGCAAAGUCAGAAAAGAAUGAAAAAGUUGAAUCGAGCACAAGUCGAGUGGAGAAUCCUCUCGCGGGUGUAACCGCCUUGCUUGAGCGUUACGGUUACCAACUGGGAGAUAUUCUUGGUAAAGGAUCCUACGCGGUGGUGAGAAAAGCAUACUCUAGAAGGCACAAAAAAAACGUUGCUGUGAAAAUAAUAUGCAAGAAGAAGGCGCCGGAGGAUUUUCUAUCCAAAUUUCUUCCGCGUGAGAUAAAGGUGCUGAAGAGAUUACACCAUCCACAUGUCAUUACACUCAUAGAAGUUAUCGAGACAAACACACGAAUGUACAUCAUCACUGACUUGGCCGAGAGCGGAGAUCUGCUGGAGUUUAUAAGAAAGAAUGGUGCUAUACCUGAAACAACUGUUAAGCAUUUGUUUAGACAACUAGUUAAAGGAAUCACCUACGUGCAUAGUCAAGAUGUAGUGCAUAGAGAUUUGAAAUGUGAAAAUCUCUUAUUGGAUAAAGACAAGAACAUUAUUAUAUCUGAUUUUGGGUUUGCUCGAGACAACCUGACCUCGGCAACAGGGAAAAGGAAGCUUUGUCAUACCUACUGUGGUUCUUAUGCCUAUGCACCUCCUGAAAUAUUAAAAGGUAGUGUACUUCAUAAUGUUAACUUAUUUAUGGGCUUUUGUAUUUAGAUACUCCUAUCUUUUUCUGCUUUUCUGCUAAAGGCUUGUAAGCCAGUCAUCACCUGAGCAAGAAAAAAACUCGUGUGUGCGUGCAAGAUUAGCCUGAGAAAACAGCCGACAUUUGGCAACGCCACUACUGGUUUCCAUUCCAUACCGAUGACGCAUCACUACAUCACUACUCAGAUCUGGGUAGUGCUUCUGAUUGGUUGAAUCAAAUUUCCCACGCGGCACGACCAAUCAGAAGCACUACCCAGACCUGGGUAAUGACGCGUCAUCAGUAUGGUAUUUCUGCGCUCGUUUCUCAGACGUCAUUUGGUGGGGAAACCAGUGUUGGUUGGCGCAAGUAAAUCAACUCUCCACCCUAGCCUCUUCCGCGGGCAUCACUGUCCUGUUUUAGAGAACGAGUGUGAGAAUAGGGAAUGACAGUGAUGGCAACUCCACCACAUCUUUUCUCUUUUUCUCGUCCUCAGACUCCUCUCGGUCUUUAGAGACGGUUGCGGAGGAGGCUAUCUCCAUCCAUCGUUUUACCUACAAAAUUCACACGCGCGCAACUUUGUGUCUAUAUCAACGUUGUUCCCAGAUUCUCUCUCCUACCCGUCCAUCUCUCUCUCUCUCUCUCUCUCCCUCCCUCUCCCUCCCUCCCUCUCUCUCUCUCUAGGGACGGGUAGGAGAGAACCCUAGGAACGAGGUUGUGUCUAUACAUGCCCUAAUACUCGACCAUGUAUGCUCUCAAGCUAAGAUGAUUCCCUUUGGCAGACCGACAUCCCUGGAGAAUCUUUCAUAUAAAAGUAGGAAAAGCUGCAACCAGAAAUGGAAAUAGCUAGUGGGGUCUGUAGCGGGGUCAUCCCACCACUGACAAGAGCUAGAAAAGCGUCAACCUGUACGCAACUAGCUGCCUUGUCUUGUUUCUGAUGUUAACCACAGUCCUGCUUAUAUAUACCUUUUAACAGUUUCAAGUACUUUUCUUUAAAUCGAUUUCAGUUCUCUAGAGAGAACAAGUGCAUACGACAUCAUAAACGUUACCACAGAAUUUUGAGAAACAGACAUAAAGCCUAGAAUUCACCCAUGAUGAACUAGUAACUCGACAGAUUUAAUGCUAGAACUGACCCCGGAUGUAUUCCGGGAGCGAUUCCAAUUCACAGUUGUUUGCUUUAUCGCCCCAAAUAAGUGUUGCUAUCUUUUCUCUCCUGCGACACGUGUUGUCGCUUACACGCAGAUGUUCCCGCGCUUGGCAAUUGCUUUGUAUUCUUUCCCGUGCUUUAGCUUUUCUCAUGUUUUUAGAUUAGAUACGUUUAAAGUUUGUUACACAAGUGUUUUUACCAGCAAUACUUUGUCCUGCUGAUUUAUUUCUGCAGGGUAAAUAAAUUUUUUACUUUACUUUUCUGCGAUUUUGCUGGCAUUUUCUCAUGUUUGGCACUAGUUACGUGUUCUCACUUCUAACAACGGACUGCAAGUGUGUUCUAAUUAGGUCUUGGUAAAGUUUUGAGAUUAAACAAAAUAGCAAAUUGAAACAUCCUCAAGAGAGAGCGAGAUCAUUUUGGGUACAGAGGGUGGUUUGCUUGGAUUUAGACAACAAACUGUUCUAUUGUUUGCCAUCUAUUUAGGUAUAGCUUAUGACGCGACACUUGCGGAUGUAUGGAGUAUGGGCGUGAUUCUAUACACCAUGAUUUGUGGCCGCCUUCCCUUUGAUGACUCCAAUUUACGGAGCCUUCUGCAGCAGGUUCACCGCAGAGUGAACUUCCCUUCCAAGGUUAAAGUACCUGAUUCAGUCAAAGGCGUUAUUCACAAAAUGCUACAAUGGAAUUUAGCAGAGAGAAUAACAGUGGAACAGCUCCAGCAAGAGCCUUGGCUGUCCGACGAAGAGAACGCAUCUGAAAAGGACACCUGA